AUGAUCUUGGCUAAAAGAUCUCUGGAUGAAAUCGAAGCUCUUUCCUUGAGCGUUCCUACAUCUGCUUCCCCACAGACACCCCAUGGAAGCACGGCACAAUUCCAAGCCAUACCAACAAAAGACCUGCAAGAUCGCGUAUACGAGCUGAGCUUUCAAGUAACUCUGGCUUUCGUAAGGAUUCCCAGCACAAGCUCAGGAGACCUGCCAGAGUUUCAUUCCUUGUGCGUUGCCUACUCCAUGCUCAUCUUAUGUCAGUACGAUGAGCUACCAUCUUCGAUAUCCCAUACCGAACUCUUUUCUGCUUUGAACGAAGUGAAGCGCCGCUGCAAUGAAUCAAAUUCAUAUUCUGUGGCAGUCGAGUUCAGUGCCGAGAGGGCUUUGGACAGGCUUCGUGCAGAUGCUCAUCCUCUUGCCACGGCGGAAUCAAUAGGACAACAAGCGCAGUUCAAUGGGCCUCCAAACCAGUCUCAUAAUGCUGGAAUAAACAGGUCGAAUGUGAACAUCAAUGAGGCCGGGCUUGAUAAUCUCGAUUUUUUCUUCAACGGGGGCUACUUGGAUAUUCUGGAUAUUGACAACUUUCUUCUCUAA